CACACGAUGUGUAAAAUUUUCAGUUAUAUUUAAAAUUACAUAUGACAUGUCUGAUCGUGUAAUGACAGCUGUACUCUCCUGCAAAUUUUUACUGAAAAAUACGUGAACCGAACUAAUAUACUUUGCAGAUGCCUCCUUCGCUGCAUUGAUAAAUGAAUGUGGCAACCUAUGAAAGCACAUGUCCACAUGUUUUUUUAUUUACAUUUUUAAACGUUGUUUUGUGCACAUUUUAAUAAAAAUAAAAUUACUUUGAAAUGUCGCUUAGUAUAAAUGAAAAGAGCUACGCUGUCGAAUCACGUUACUCCAACUUUUAUUCUGGUGGAGAUGUUGCAUGGAGCAGAGACGGAAAUUGGAUCUUCUGCUUGAAUGGUUCUGAAAUAACAAAAGUAGAUUUAGAAACGGGAUUGUUGAAUCGUUCAUACGGCUUAAAUUUCAAUGAAAGUGGAGAAAAAGUCGUCAGUGGUAAAGAUGAAGAAGAUGACGAUGCCAUCUACUGCUUCGAUGUAUCUUUUAAUCAGGAAUUUAUGGUCACUGUACACCAAAGCAGUUUGCUUAGACUAUGGCACUUACCAACGGGAAAGAUAGAAAAGUUAUGGAAAAGCCAGCACAAAGGACCCGUAGUCAAAGUGACAUUUAGCAGCGAUGCGAAAUUGGUUUGCACCAGCGGAGCUGACUCGACAUUGAAAAUAUGGGACUAUGAAAAUAGUAGAUGUGUAUGCGCUUUAAAGGAUUUUACAGGACCUGCACUGCUAAUAAAAUUCCAUCCAUGUUCUGGCAGAACUGAAAUAUUCGCAGCCGGCGCUGACAAUGUCAUAUACAAGUGGGAUUAUGUGAAAAAGACAAUGGAAGCUAAAAUGAAGGGGCAUUUGUCUCAGGUCACCGAUAUUGACUUCUCGGACUCAAGUAGCGAUUGUGAGAAUCUCAUAUCCGUAGGAAGAGAUAAGGUUGUGAUUGUGUGGAAUUUAGCGAAUGGAAAACAAGUGAAGGUAAUACCACUCUAUGAGGAGAUAGUGGGUGCAUUUUAUAUAGAUGCGCAGAAUGCCGUUGUUGCUGGUCUAAAAGGAAAUAUUAAGGAGAUUAACUGUACAACCGGAAAAAUUUCUUCGUUAUUAGAAUGUCAGGAAGAGGAGUAUGAAAUUAAAACAUUAUUGCAUAAUCGCUCCACACAACAAUUGGCUGUAGUUACCAACGACCAGAACAUAUUGAUAUUUGGUAUAAAGCCAGCGUUGAAAGCCGUUAAGCAAUUAAUAGGCUUUAACGACGAAAUCUUGGAUAUUUGUUUUGUAGGUGAGUCGGAACAAUUUCUUGCAGUAGCCACCAAUAGUAAGCACAUUAAAUUGUAUGACAUUGAAAAUCACAUGAACUGUUCCAUAAUCAUGGGCCAUAAAGACACUGUCAUGACGCUUUCAAGUCCUGGAUCAAGCAAUCUGUUAUUGUCUGCUGGCAAAGACUUCAGCAUAUUUCUGUGGACUCUGGACAAAGUUUCUGGAAGUCUGAAGUGUCUGACAAAGAAUUUAAGCAGCCACACCGCUACGAUUGGCUGCAUAAGUUUUGGUUUCAAUUGCAGCACUAUUUUCGCUUCCGUCUGCCAAAGCGGCAGUAUGAAAAUCUGGUCGUUAAAUUUGAAACCCAAACAACAAAGUCACCAGUUUUCGGUCAAAUGCGCCGUAGUGGCACAUGACAAAGAAGUAAAUAGUGUAACGUUUUCACCCAACAACAAAGUCAUAGCAACUGCUUCUCAGGACAAAACAGCCAAAUUGUGGUCUGCCGACAACCAUAGUAUAAUUGGCACUCUACGAGGACAUACUCGAGGUGUAUGGAGUGUGCGAUUUUCGCCCACUGAUCAGAUAAUAUUAACUACAUCUUCGGAUUGCAGCUUGCGUUUGUGGUCUUUAACAAAUUUAUCGUGUCUUAAACGUUUAGAACAAACCUCAACUGUCUUGAGGGCGGAAUUUUUAGAUCACGGCAAAUACAUAUUAUCCUCUGGAUCUGAUGGCUUAUUAAAGCUUUGGAAUAUAAAAACAAAUGCUUGCAUUCAAACGCUCGAUGAACAUGAGGAUCGUGUAUGGUCCCUAGCAGUAUCAGCAAGGACACAAAAAUAUUUCUUUAGUGCUGCUGCAGAUUCGAAAAUUAUAAAGUGGAAAGAUGUCACUGAAGAGUACAAAAAUAGCGAAAUUGAUAAACGGCAGGCCGAGGUUCUCCAAGAACAAUCACUUCAAACGCUAUUGCAUGAAAAUAAAAACUUGAAAAAAGCAUUCAACCUGGCCUUGAAGUUAGGCAAACCUCGUGUAACGUACAAUAUUUUAAACCAAUUUAUACAAAAACGAGACCAUGAAACAGUAGCUAACUUAAUACUUCAACUGAGUGAUGACAGAAAAAAUACUCUUUUAGAUCAUGUCAAAGUAUGGAGUUGUAAUGCGCGUUAUUCCCAAGUUUCCAAUGUAGUAUUGCAGCAGCUAUUGAAUGAGAUGAUCGUUGAGCCGUCAUUACAGCGUUCUCUAAAUGCCAAAAACUUAGUAGAAGUUGUAACGCCUUAUGUCCAAAGACAUUUUAAGAGGGUUACGGAACUUAGUAAAGAAUUACAUUUUUUAGAUUUUAUUGUUCAGAAUAUUUAAAUAAAUAGGAAUAUUUCUAUAAA